AGAGAUUACGGUAUCUCGAUUUUCGUCUGCCGAAUCAACCACGCUAGCCGUAGUUGGGUCAUUACCUUCGUUACGUCCAGAUCAUUAAAGAUGGGUGUUCUAACGUUUUGUGCGUUGGUGCUUUUGACGAUCGGUGCUAACCAUUUAGAAGCUGCUCGUAUUCUCGGUAUAUUUCCAACACCGUCAAAAUCACAUUGGAUACUGGGAUCAGCACUUUUGAAGGAACUCGCUCUCGAUGGACAUGAGGUAACCGACUUGAGUCCGUUUAAACUUUCAAAUCCACCGGCAAACUACCAUCACGUAGAAAUAGAAAUUGAUCAUGAAUUUUUCAACGGGAAAAUAGAACAACUCUUCUCGGACACCGAAAAGUCUCAAGUUCGAAAAAUGAUUGAAAUGUAUACCGCAGUCAACUACUUUUCCAACAGCACACUCUCAUCACCUGCAGUGAAACGACUGCUUCAAUCUAAUCAGCAAUUCGAUUUAGUUAUCUUGGAAAUCUUCCUCGACCAUGCCCUACUUGGCUUUGCGGAACAUUUCGGCUGUCCUGUUAUCGGUACAACUACACACGGAGUGCUUGAGUGGAUUAACUCGCUAGUUGGAACUCCACAACCGCUGUCGUACGUACCUCACGUCCACAUUGGAUUCUCUAAUCCAAUGAACUUCUGGCAAAGACUAGCCAAUGUUCUUUUUACUAUCGUUGACGAAGCUAUGUUAUCUGUGCUAGUGUAUCCAGAGCAGGACAGACUCUACAGGGAAGCAUUUCCGAAUGCUAAGCGAUCGCUAAGCGAGAUGAAGAAACACGCAGUAUCAUUGAUAUUAGUAAACAACCACUUCAGUCUGAGCUACCCUCGGCCCUACGUUCCGAAUAUGAUCGAAAUCGGGGGAUUUCAUGUGAACCGGAAAGUCAAUCCCUUGCCUGAGAACAUCCGUAGCUUCAUCGAUAACUCCACCGAUGGAGUAAUCUACUUCUCGAUGGGUUCGAAUCUCAAACCAUCGCAGAUGGGCAAGCAGAAACAGGAAGCUCUACUCCGGGCGUUUUCCAAGGUGAAGCAAAAUAUCAUCUGGAAAUGGGACGAUGAAGGCUUGGAACUUGACCGCAGCAAGUACCUGAUCUCCAAGUGGCUUCCCCAGGACGAUAUUCUAGCGCAUCCAAAUGUGAAGCUCUUCAUCACCCAUGGUGGUUUUCUGAGCUGUACGGAGUCAAUCCAUCAUGGCAAACCCAUCGUAGGGAUUCCCAUUUUUGGCGAUCAGCAAAUGAAUAUGGCUCAAGCAGCGCGAUCCGGGUGGGGCGUUGCCGUCGAAUUCAAAGAUUUCAAUGAGAAAUCCAUCAGCGAUGCUUUGAAUGAAGUACUCGAUAAUGACAAAUACACGAAAUCAGUACAGACCAUUUCAAAACGCUUGCGUGAUCAGCCACUGCCGCCGAUGGACAUGGCAAAGUACUGGGUUAAUUACGUCCUCCGUCAUGACGGUGCGGAACAUCUCAAAUCACCGGGACAGCACCUAAGCUUCGUUCAGUAUCACAAUAUCGAUGUUUAUCUCUUCAUUCUGACAGUGGUCGCAAUAUUGCUUGUGCUUCCAAUCACAGCGGUUAAAGCCGGUUACAAACGGGUUGUUAAAAGCAAACCUAGUGUGAGCCGCAAAGGCAAGAAAAAAAUCAAUUGAUAAGAGAAAAAAAUAUUAUGCGAAAGCGUUUAAGUAGAGAAUGACUGUUACUGAUAAAGUGAAGACUUUCCUAAGCUGCGGAAUCAGUAAAUAAAGUACUGA